AACACCUCCACCUACUACACGCUCUACCCACCCCCCAAUGAACUUCCUACGUAAGAGAAGUAGCUAUAAUAAUAGCGAUGAUGAUAUAUCAUCAGGCGACAAUGCGUCACCUUCUAAUAUCCACAAACUGAGAAAACCUCCAAACACAGCCUUUCGACAACAACGUCUUAAAGCCUGGCAACCAAUCCUUACCCCCAAGACAGUUAUCCCAUUACUAAUUCUAAUUGCAGUUAUAUUCGCUCCGCUUGGAAUUGCCAUCCUUUACACCACUUACAACGUUGAAGAACUUAAUAUAGACUACCUGCAAUGCAACAAGUUGAAGGUGGCCACCAGUAACAGUAAUGGGUUUGAUUCUAUUCCCAGCAAGUUUACCGGCUAUCACUUCCGGAAAACCAACACAAAUCCAGAUUUCAAGUGGAAGUUGGUGGAGAGCAAAGACAGCGAUGGCGAUACUCAGCAAACGUGUGUCAUCCAAUUCAAUCUCCCUCGUGAUUUGAAACCUCCGUUGUACUUGUACUAUAAGUUGACCAACUUCUUUCAAAACCACAGAAAGUAUGUUGAUUCGUAUGAUUUGGGGCAAUUGAAGGGACAGGCUGUGUCAGAUGGCUCAAUCACUGACUCGUGUAAACCUUUGAAACAUCGAGUUGUUAAUGGAACCCAGAAACUCAUCUACCCCUGUGGGUUAAUUGCCAACUCCUACUUUAAUGACACAUUCUCCUCGCCGGUGCUUUUAAAUGCAAAGAACGGCCAAGAUAACCAAACAUAUGUGUUUGGCGAAACGGGUAUUUCCUGGCCUAGUGAUCGAGAUCAUAAAUUCCAGCCAACCCAAUACAACCCCGAAGACGUGGUUCCUCCGCCUAAUUGGGACAAGAUGUUUCCCAACGGAUACACCAACGAUACCAUGCCCAACGUACAGACAUGGGAGCAUUUGCAGAACUGGAUGCGUACUGCGGCCUUGCCUUCAUUCUACAAGUUGUAUGGUAAGAACACUACGGAAACCAUGAGUUCGGGCACGUAUGAGAUUGAAAUUGGGUUGAAUUACCCUGUGACCAUAUUUGGAGGUACGAAAUCGGUGGUUAUAACUACUAAUUCCAUCUUUGGGGGAAGAAAUGUUAGCAUUGGUGUGAUUUACAUUAUUGUUGCUAUUGUGUGUUUGGUAUUGGGUAUUGGGUUCUUGUUGCAAUAUUUGAUUAAACCAAGAAAAGUAGGGGGUGACCAUAACUAUUUACAGGAGAACCAAAGAGUGACUUUAUAGUUUUAUAGCAAUAAAAGGGCAUAAUCAUCUGAUUCUGAUCUUGAUCUAAUUAUAGCUUUCCAUUUUGGUGGUCGUGCGCCGUGUUCAAGAUUUUGCCAGAGGGAAAAAAAAUCUGAACACUUCAGGAAGACGUUGGUUGUAAAGGCAGCAGUAUUGAAUACACAGACUUUAGAGAGACAUUCAAGCUAGAGGACGAUUAUGAACGUAAACCCGCAUCUUCAGUACUUACAGCAGCAGCAGCAGCAACAACUGACACCAGGGCAACAACAGCAACAGCAGCCAGGACAAAUGUCGGCCGGAGCAGCUACUGCUCCAGGACAAUCACCACCAAUCUCACAAUUACAAUUACAACACCAACAACUCCAAAGACAGCAACAGUUGUUGAACCAACACUUACAACAAACCCAAACCCAACAACAGCAACAGCAAUUGGGCACGCCAACCGGCCAACACGUCAAUCCAUUGUUAGCUGGUUUGAACGGGAGUAACACGGCCAGUUCUCAAACAAACGGCAGCGGGUUAUUAAUGAACAAUUCAGUCAACCCAUUAUUGCAAAUGCAAUUGCAACAACAACAACAACAACAG